GAAUUGUCUAAAAUCGUUAAACCGGAUACGAUAUUUAUUACACGGCUGUGGGAAAUCAUAACUUAGAAACUAUACGAUACAUCUUUUAUGACACACCUAAAUUUGAUUUAGAUAUACAGUGGAAAGUGAUACAACAGCCCAUUGCUUUACAGUUUUUAGACAUCAUUUUCCGGACGAAUGAUGGCAGGGACAAUGCGAUGCCAUUAUGAAGUCCUUGGUGUGGAGAGGAAUGCAACAAAUGAUGAACUGAAGAAAGCCUACAAAAAACUUGCUCUGAAAUGGCAUCCAGAUAAAAACCCAGACAAUAUGGAAGAAUGCACAAAACAGUUUCGAGCAGUGCAGCAGUCAUAUGAAGUUCUGAGUGACUCUCAGGAGAGGGCAUGGUACGACAAACACAGAGAGCAGAUUCUCCGAGGGGGAAUGGGUCACGGCGAUAAGUACGAGGACGAGAGUUUGGACGUUUUCCAGUACUUCAACUCUUCCUGUUACGCUGGGUAUGCUGAUGACAGUGAGGGAUUCUAUGCCGUCUACCGGGUUGUGUUUGAAUUGCUGGCAGAGGAGGAUUAUGAGUUUAUAGAAGACAGGGAAAAUAGCCAGGAAAUUCCAGGAUUCGGGAAAAGUGACAGUCCUUACGAUACGGUGGUAAAACCAUUUUAUGAUUAUUGGGAAAACUAUUUCACAGCAAAGUCUUAUGUCUGGGCAGAAAAGUAUGACACUCGGGAAGCACCGGAUCGCAGGGUCCGCAGAAUCAUGGAGGCUGAGAAUAAAAAGCUACGAGAUGCUGCUCGCAAAGAACGAAAUGAGGAAGUCAGGGCCUUGGUGCGAUUUGUGAAGAAGAGAGAUCGCCGUGUACAAGCUUACAGGAAAAAGAUGGAGGAGAGAAAUGAAGAGAUUGCACAGAAAGCAAAAGAGAAAAGAGAGCAGCAUUUGAAAGAGAGACAGAGACAGGUAGAGAACUAUCAGGAGGCCAGCUGGUCAGCCAUGACAGAGUUGGAGGGAGAUCUACAGAAAUUGGAAUCACAGUUUGGAGGCGAGAAUACAGAUGAAGAAGAAGAAGAUGAUGAUUACAUAGAUGAACUUUUCUGUGUGGCGUGUAACAAAGCCUUUAAAAGUGAGAAAGCGUUUGUAAAUCACGAGAAAUCCAAGAAACACAAAGAGAAUGUCGCCACCCUACAGGAGGACAUGAGGAGAGAGGAUGAGGAAUUAGUGGGGGAGGAUCCGGAAAUUUGUCCAGUGGAGGAGGAUGAAGAUGCUGAAGAAGAGUCCCCAUCGAAACAGAAGUUAUCAAAGAAACAAAAGAAAAAGAAAAGGCAGCAGAAUUUAAAGACUCAGGAUGUAGAAGACAUAUCGAGCAUUGUAGAUAACCUAGAUUUGAAUAAAGAUUCAGCUAAACAGAGUACAAAAUCAAAGAAAGAAAGAAGAAAAGAAAAGGAAGCUAGAUCUAGAGAACAGAAGGAGGUUGAGGAUUCUUUAGACCAAGACUCUCAGGAAACAGACAACAUACCCAACGGUCAGAGCGACCAUGACUCUGCAGCAGAUAGACUCUCAGAAAACGGGCUGGCGUCAGAUUCUACUAAUGAACCAGCUGGUAAUAAGCAGUCUUCAAAGAAAGCAGAAAGAAACAAAACCCAGCCAGAUCAGGAGAUGAAGUGUAAUGUGUGUAAUGAAAUAUUCCCUACGAGGAACAAACUGUUUACACAUAUAAAGGAAGUAGGUCACGCCCUCAGAGUGGAGCAGCCAGCCUCAGCAAAUCAGGGCAAGAAAAAGAAAAACAAGAAAUGACCAGAAACAAUAUUUAUAUUUGUACUUUAACUUGAUGUUGAUAAAAAGGUGGUUACCAUG